ACAGGAUUGUAGACCGAGUGGAGUGAAUGCGAAUAUUGGCGUUCGAGAAUCAUGAAGACCAGAUGAAACUGCCCAUCACACAAAUUGGUCGUGCAACGACCAAAAUUACACUGCACCAGUAGCUUGACGAGGGAAUGACGUCGAGCGCUACUGGAGCUUUUUCCCUGGCUCACCUUGGAUCUUCCCUUGAUGGUUCUUUUACCAUAGAUCCUCGAGUCUCGUUACUAGGAAAUCAGGUUCAGGCAAGUACGUCGUAUUUUAGUCAAAAAAAAUGGGUGGAGGCUACGGAAGUGUGUGGGCCCCCCUUGGUUGCUAUCGGCACUCUCGUUUUGACGGAGGUGUGGGUCCCCUUGGUUGCUAUCGGAAUCUAUUCUAUGACAGUAUUGUAGUCUCUAUUCUAUGACAGGAUUGUAGAAGCAUGCAGGCUGGGUCACAGGCGCAAGAUUGCGUACAACAAGCAAGUUCCUUAUCUAUUAUUCUUACGGUAGUUUUAAUGAGAAGAUAGCAGUAUCUUCAAGUUCAACUUAACGUCGUCAAGAUUCAAUCGGCAAUCAAACACAAUGGGUGGCCACGGAAGUGUCGCUACUGAGGUGUGGGUUCCCUUGGUUGCUAUCGGUACGGGAAUUGCUGCUGUUGCACUCGCAUAUUUAAGGUUGUAGUCGUUGUUUUUCAUCUCGUUGUUCUGUUGUGAGCCACCACCGCCUCUUGUGUUGAUUAGUGUGUUCUAGUGUCCUCGCUUUUUUUAUGAUCUUACAUCAAUCUACCAAAUCUACUUGUACUUACAAGAAGUAGAAUCAAAUAUUACUAAUAGAUAUUAGCCGAAGAACAAGUCAUCCUUAGUGUUCGUUCUUCCAAAACAACUAUAGCUUCACAAGUUCUGAUCUAAGUUGUGUUUUGUUCACGAGCCUCAACGGGUCCAGCAACGAGUCCAGCAGUUCCUCAAAGAAGAGCCUUCCUGGCACUUUGCAGGCGAAAGGUGCAUUCUCCCUUCCAGCUGCGGACCUGUCCGAUCAAUCGACGCUAGAUGAAAGACGGCGAGACUUCUACCGGAUAAUCCGAGCACAAAAGGACUUGCGUUUCGCAAUACUCGAAGGGGGCAAGCUAGCAUCGGCAACGGACUCUUUGAUUAUGCUCCAAGAACUUGAGCUUGACAAAAGAAACCUUACAGAAGAUUAUACAUAGAACAACCACGUGUUUGUGUCUUCGCAACAAGAUAACUACUGCUACGGCAAAUGGAUGUAGAGUAACGGGUAAUACAAGUGCUGUCGGUCCUUCUUCUAGUGAAUCUCCUCAGAUGAAGUAGUUCAAGUUCUCCAUCCUCUUCUUCUAAUCCAAAACUGAUUGAAGUUCCAGCUGAUAUAAUCAGUGGGGAUGGUCGCGAGCCUAGCAGUGAGCAGAUGGAGAAGAUACUCAAGAGUUUAAGCAGGUUCUUUGACGAUGCCGGAGCUGAGCAACUUUCAAAGAAAGGAAUUUUUUCCCUUGUUUCAGCCACAACGCCAUUUGCUUUCGCUAUGAAAUUUGGAGUGCCACCCAUGUUCCACGAACCGCAUUACGCGCUACUCUAUCACAAAGAUCGAAAAACCUUUCAGGUAUUACGAAGUACUUUCUGCAUGUCCCUUACAGAUUCGGAACUGAUAUUUUUUCCUCUUUUGGUGGACACUCCCACUCCAUUUCACACCCUGGCACUUCUUUGUAGCGGAGUAACUCUAGCUACUUGCUUCUACACAUUACUUGUCGAAAAAUGUAAACUCAUGCUUAAACGCACUAGUAACACUUUUCUUACACGACCAUACGAGGUCCUCUGGGCUGCAGCCAUCAACGACAAAGCGGAACCGGUGCCAGCAGACAAGAGGUGGCCGUUUUUUACAGUCUAUCUCUCAGACGAAAUCGAUACUGCUAUAGGUGGAAGUAAGGAGAUACCCUUCACCUAUUGGGCGAUGCCAAAUACCGAUGAAACAGUGGCGAAAAGCGUUGAAGACUUUUGUCGGGAACAGUUCUCAUAGACGCAUUACGGCAAACAGUUUUCAUAUAUGCUGAUUGAAAAUGAAAGUGGACGCACAUGUCAAAGACCCUUUCCACCACUAAUAUCCCAUAUAGUUUGAUAUACCCACCCCCUUCAAGAAGUUUCCCAGACAGAUUUUUGAGCAUGGAGAGUUUUUUUUUGGAGUCUUAU